UACUGUAGCAAACAAACUCUCAAGAAGCUUCAAAGCUUGAGUUUUAUAAAAAUCCCUCCAUCUUUCUUAAUUGUCCCUAAACAAACUUUUGCGCCAAAUGACCUAAGGCGAUAGAGUGCAAGCCUAAUAUCCCAUAGAAUCAAGGGUCCGUCCCAUCUGCUUCUUUCUCCGAUCGUUCGACAGCUUGUUACCAUUGACCGUAACUUCCGCGCGACCCGAAUAUAACUCUCAAGAUGAACCCGAACCAGGGACAGCCUGCCCAAGGGCAGCAGCAGGUCCGGUUCCUUAGACCUGAGCAAAUCCGAAAUAUUGGUUACCUCACGCCCGAAGACAAGCACAAGUACGAAGAAGGACUUCGCCAACUGUAUACCAAAAUGGAACAGAACCCGCCUGAAUCUCAGGAGCAUCAGAUGGCUAAACACCGAAUCGCUGAUUUCUCUCGAAUGGUCGUCAAUAAGAUUAAGAGUCUCCAGGCAAGAAAUCAAGCUGGCGCCCAGCCUCAACAAGGACAGCCUGGGCAACCUGGACAACCGAGCCAUAUGAACGCGCAACCGCAAGGCUCGCAGAACGAGCAAGCCCAGAAUAACUUAACACAAGCCCAGGCCCAGGCUCAGGCUCAAGCUCAGGCGCAGAAGAUGGCGAAUAGGCCUCAAGGGCAAAUGCCUAACAACCAGGGCGCCUCUUCGUCGACUCCCAACAAUGCCAUUUCUGCUGGCAACCAAGUGCCGAAGCUCAUACUGAGCCAUGCGAACCAAAUGAGCUGGAACUCGCUUAGGCCGCCAGCUCAGCUGACGGCACCAGAACAGAUAUCCAAAUGGCAGAACGAGAUGAAGCAAAGGUACAUCCGUUUUCUGGUGCAGAUGGAGACCAUAAAAAAUAGAUCGCAGAAGCUUGAUGCCAUGAUCAAGGAGCGGCAGGAUAAGGGACAGCUGUCUGCCGAAGAUGUGAAAAAGUUUCAAGAACAGAAACAACAAGAACAGAAGAGUUACUCUGAGGCACAAAGAUUUGUUGAAAAUGUACGUCAACAGAUCAAGAUCCAACAACAAAGUGCACAGCAGGCACGAUCGCAGCCAAUGCAACAAAACGCCAAUGCGCCUACGACGAGCCAUCCCAUGCAAGCCGCAACCGCGUCAGUAAAUGCGGCGAUGGAUGCUGCUAAGAAUCAACAACUUGCUGCGAACCGAACGCCAGCUGUAACGAAUCAGCCGCAACAGCAACCGCCAUCGCAACAACCUCAGGUGCAACCCCAGGUACAGCCGCAACCUCAGCAGCAGCAGCAGCAACACCCCGGGACACCUGCCACUCCGGCCACACCUGCGAUAUCGGUACAACAACAACAACAGCAACAUCAACAACCUCAGCAAUCGCAUGCGGUUCCCACUCCCUCGCAACCUCAAAUCAAGACCGAACCAAGCAACAACAACAUGUCGCGCCCACCCCCCGUGAACACGGCUAUCGCUGCAGCCGCUUCAUCCGCGAACAUGCCUUCUACAGGUACUCCGACUCAAGCAUCUGCGCGCGUCCAGACUCCCCAGUCUGCAGGUCAACAAGUGACGCCGGUGCCUCAACCCGUUCGCCCUCUGACCCAUGCAGCCGCUGUCAGCCGCGCGAACUCGUCAACGAACGUCCCUGGACAAUCCAACAGCGCAUCCGGCUCUGGUCUUGUAUCCACUCCCGGUGCCAGUGGCCUUGUUGGAAACGCGAACCACGCCGGUCAUUCGCAUGCUCAUCCUCAACCUAGCCCAGCCCUGAACCCUAAGAUGCCGAUUAGUAAGAACCUGCCGCCCAAGGCAACGGAGACCCCGCAGGCAGUCAGCGUCGGUGGCGGCAACACUCCCGGCCGCCCUUCAUUGAGUGGAGGAGGUGGUCUUGGAGGAGGUGUUAUGGGCCAGCCUGUUAUUAACAAGAUGCCUCCUGUCCAGUUCGAUGCGGAAGGUGAACACGUGCUCUCCAAGAAGAAGCUUGACGAACUCGUCCGUCAGGUCUGCGGUGGUGCCUCUCCCGGUACGGAUGGCAACUACUUGACUCCGGAUGUUGAAGAGUCGGUUCUCAACGUCGCUGAUAACUUUGUUGAUCAAGUUAUCCACGCAGCGUGUCACCUAGCUAAGGAACGUGGUAGCAAGGUACUCGAGACCCGCGACUUACAGCUCGUGCUUGAGCGCGUCUACAACAUUCGCAUUCCCGGUCACACGUCGGAGGAGCUGCGAACCGUACGCAAGGUCCAACCCAGCUCGAACUGGAUCUCCAAGGUGCACGCUGUUCAGGCGGCCAAAGUCAUGCCUGGCAAGGACGACAAGUAGGACGAGUCCGAUCCUUCCAAGAAGCGUCCUGUACACCCGCUUCUUGAACAGCUUGACGCACGACGUACGGGCAUGGCUCCUAUUCCCCCACACAUUGGCGGACCCAGCGUACAUCUUCCCGAGCCUAUCGUGGAUCCCUCUCAGCCUGCUUCCGAUCCGGCUCCGAAGAAGCGAUACCGUAAGAGAAAGAUUUCAGUUGCUGAAGAGGCUCCUGCUACCGGAAAGGAACCUGAUGAUGAAGGAAAUAACGCGGUUUAAGUGGGUUCCACGGGUCUAGUACUUUACGGCAGAUUAGUUAUUGAUGGUUUGUUUUUUAACGAACGGAUGGAGUUUUCGGGGUUUGACUUUAGGAUGACGCGGUCAUGUUCUACCUAUGGUGGUUAGGAAGGAGCAAAAGGGAUUCCCAUUAUUCUGGCCUGGAGUUUCGUUGGCUUUUUCGGGGUUUCGUUUACUUUUAUGGUCUGACACUCGACUCGAGGGAUACGAUACGAGGCAUCGAGCAGGUCAAAUUUGUACCCAUUCUUCGCUCUGCGGAUCACAUAGGUGGUGCCUAGGUAGUCACAGCUAUACGUAGCUCAUAAAGACGCACAUAAUGAUGCGAUUGCACUAUUAAA